UAUCCCAGUGGAAUCGGAGUUCAGCGACUCUCGGUGGCUAUGCAGACCUGCUUGUUGGGGUGGAGAGGAAAGUAGGGUCUAUAGAAAGAAAGGGGAUUUAUUUUCUACAUACAGUAUUUAUUUUUCCUUUUUAAUUUUUUUUUUUUACAGAAAAAUUGCAAGGAAACCUGCAUUAGGUGGAUGAAGUCCCCGCCGGCGCGUGGGGAGAAGAAACGAGAGGCCUUGCAUAAGUAGAAAGUGUAAAAAGUGCACGAAAUAAAGUCACCCAGUGGCACGAAGUGAAAGACUUUGGUUUUCCUUUUCCCAGCGUGUGAAGCUUGUGCUGGGCAGGGGGAAAAUGGGGACGAGGAUAGUUCUGCACACCGUCACGGGACUUUUCAUCUCUUUCAUUUUAACUUCGCAUCUGAUCAAUGUGACUCAGGGCUCCAAGGUGUGGGGCGAGGUGGCGUUUCCGGAGGACCUGGAGGCUGAGAGGGCGGGUGCCCUGGACCCGGCCCAGACCGACGAUGAAGAUUUUGCUGCGGAUGAAGCCUCAGGAGAUCUUCCCAGUGGAGAUGAGGACGGGAGUACGCCCGAGCCCACGACGUCUACAAUGUACUACCGUGCUCUGGUCAACUUCACUGACUCCUUCGUGUACAGCCCAGAGCUGGAGAACAUCUACUCCGACGCCUUCCGGGAAAUCUCAGACGCUGUCGUGGAUACGCUGGAGUCAGAAUAUAACAGGAUCUCUGGAGUUCAGACAGUCAGUGUGGUUAUUGUCAGAAAGAUCGGCAGAAACGUGUUUGUUGAGCUGGACGUGGUGUCAGACUACAACUCCAACGAUGAUCAGAUCCUCAAUGUGCUGUACUCCGUGGUGAAGGAGGGCUCCAUCGCCUCCUACGUUACCUCCGUGCAGGGCUUCGAGUUCCGUCGCCUGGGAGAAGCCCAAUCGCCCCCGGCAGCGAAGCCCAUCUCUUUCCCAGUGGUGCCCAGCACCCGGCCCUGCCUGCAAAAUGAGUUCACCUGCCAUGACGGCGGCUGCAUCCCGCGGGAGUACUACUGCGAUAAGAGGCCCGACUGCAUGGACAUGAGCGAUGAGCUGGCCUGCGAAACGUUAGAUCCACAAGAACCCAUUCCCACUCCGGCCAGACCCCUCCCUGACCGGGAGCCGCCCCGCCAGCCUGUGGGCGGGCCCUGCAAGGCGGGCCAGGCCACCUGUCAGAAUGGAGAGUGCAUCCCUCGAGACUACCUGUGUGACGGAGAGAGGGACUGCACCGAUGGCAGUGAUGAAAUCAAGUGUGGAACCCCGUCUCCCUGUGAGCCCAAUGAGUUUAAGUGUCAGAACGGUCGCUGUGCCCUCAAGCUCUGGCGCUGUGACGGAGACAACGACUGCGGAGACAACUCCGACGAGAGCUACUGCCCCACCAAGGGCCCUGGGGACACCUGCGCCCCCGAGCAGUUUAUGUGUGUGGUGGACCGCACCUGCAUACCGGCCAGCUACCAGUGCGACGAGGAGUCCGACUGCGCCGACCGCUCGGAUGAGUACGACUGCUCUCCCCCAUCAGUGACCAGCCCCCCGGAGGAGUCUGUAAAGGCCCAGCGGGGGCAGACCGUGACCUUCACCUGCACGGCUGUGGGUGUACCCACCCCAAUCAUCACCUGGAGGCUUAACUGGGGCCACAUUCCAACCAGUAGCAGGAUCACAGUGACCAGUGAGAAUGGGCGUGGGACUCUGACCAUCCGGGACGUGAAAGAGGGGGAUCAGGGGGCAUACACCUGCGAGGCCAUCAACGCCAAGGGCAUGGUCUUUGCUGUCCCGGAUGGAGUGCUGACCCUUACACCGAAUACAGACUACUGUCCCAGUGGGCAUUUCAGUGUGGAUGGAUCCUCCCGCUGCAUCCCCUGCUUCUGUUUCGGCAUCACCAAAAACUGCCAGAACACAGGCCGGUACCGCAACCAGAUCCGCCUGCGCUUCACGGACAGGGACGACUUCAAAGGAGUGAACGUGUCGUACCCGUCCCGGCCUGGCACUCCGCCCCUGUCCUCCACUCAGCUCAAUAUCAAUCCCGAAUCGGAGGAGUUCCAGCUGGUGGACCUGUCCCGUCGCUUCCUCAUCCUGGACUCCUACUGGACCCUGCCGCGCCAGUUCCUGGGGAACAAGGUCGACUCCUAUGGGGGAUCGCUGAAGUACAAAGUGCGCUAUACUCUGGCCCGUGGAGAGACGGAUCCGGAGGAGAAGCCGGACGUGGUGCUGGUUGGGAACGGGCAGAGGCUCAUUUAUCGCCGCGGCAACCCCACGCCCGCCGGUGUCGUUAACCAGAAGGAGGUCAAGUUCACAGAGGAAAACUGGCAGCACUCGUCGGGUCGGCCAGUGAGCCGGGAGGACCUGAUGAUGACUCUGGUGAACCUCGAGAGCAUCAACAUCCGCACCAUCUAUGACAACCGCAUGGUGAGCGUUGCCCUCAGCGACAUCGUCAUGGACACCACCACAGUGGAAUUCAGCCUGCAGGGCCCCGCCCAGAAUGUGGAGGAGUGCAGGUGUCCCGCCGGGUAUUCAGGCCUGUCCUGUGAGUCCUGCUCUGGCGGGUUCGACCGAGUCUCCGGCGGCUCCUUCCUGGGGACCUGCGCCGGCUGCAACUGCAACGGCCACGCCAGCGACUGCGACCCCAUCAGCGGCCACUGCCUGAGCUGCCAGCAUAAUACGGAGGGCGCACAGUGUGACAAGUGUCGCCCGGGCUACUUCGGGGACCCCCGGCGAGGCCGCCCCGACGACUGCAAACCCUGUCCGUGCCCGUACACCGAGACGUCUCGUCGGUUCUCAAACACCUGCUUCCUGGACCACGACAAACAGGCGACGUGUGACGCGUGCAGGCCUGGCUACACAGGAAGGCGCUGUGAACGGUGUGCUUCUGGUUACCAGGGUAAUCCCCUUCAACCCAACGGGAAGUGUGUUCCAAGUCUAAGCUCCAGGUGUGACAACAGGGGAACGGUGAGCUCCAGCAGCAGACCAUGUACAUGCAAGCCCAACGUGGUCGGCGCACUGUGCGACGAGUGCAAGACCGGCUCCUUCCACCUGGCCGAGGCCAACCCGGACGGCUGCCUGCAGUGCUUCUGCAUGGGCGUGACCAAGCAGUGCGCUAGCUCCUCCUGGAGCCGCGACCAGGUGCGCGGCGGGGUCAAUGGACAGCUCUUCACCCUGUCCAACGGGGCCAACACCCGCACCAUCACCCAAGGAAUUCUCCAGAAGAGCAGCUCUGAGGUGGCCUUCCGCAGCUUCUCUGACAACCCAAGCGACAUCUACUACUGGGUCCUGCCGGAGAGUUUCCGCGGAGACAAGGUGACGGCCUACGGCGGAGAGCUGCGCUACACCGUGCGCUACGAGCCCGGCUACCGCUCACUGGUGAACGACGGCCAGCCGGACGUGGUCCUCCAGGGCAACGGGAUCUUCCUGGAGCACUACUCAAAAACCAAACCCCUCCCCCGGGUCCCCACCACCAUCACCGUGCUCUUCAGGGAGGGGAUGUGGAGGCGUGCAGAUGGGCAGCCCUGCACUCGAGAGCACCUUCUCAUGGCGCUGGCGGACACCGCGGUCUUCAUGAUCCGAGCCACCUACGCCGACAACAUGGUGGAGAGCAGCCUCUCGGACAUUCGGAUGGACAUCGCCGUUCCCCACUCUACAGGCAAUGAGCGGGCUCUGGAGGUGGAGGAGUGUGCCUGUCCCCGGGGGUACAGGGGACCCUCAUGUCAGGAAUGUGAUGUGGGGUACAGCCGAAUAGGAUCGGGGUUGUACCUGGGCACCUGUGAGAGGUGCGACUGCCACGGGCACGCCAGCAGCUGUGACUCCGACACCGGAGAGUGCCUGCAAUGCCAGCACAACACAGCCGGCCCGCGUUGUGACCGCUGUGCGCGUGGUUACUACGGCGACCCCAAGACUGGCGGUCCAGCAGCCUGUCAGCCCUGCCCCUGCCCUGGCACCUCCCCCAGCAACCAGUACUCUCAGACCUGCUACCUGGAGUCCGAUGGUCUGCCUACCUGCGACAGCUGUCCCCCUGGCUACACUGGCCGCCGCUGCGAGAGAUGUGCUGCUGGAUACACGGGCAACCCUCAGUUUGGACAAGCAUGUACCAUUGGGAAUAAUGAACUCAACGGGAACUGCGACAACUGUGACAGGAGAGGUACAGAGCGUUGUGGCAGCGGCGGAUACUGCCAUUGCAAGGCUCACGUGGAGGGGCCUGCCUGCAGGAGCUGCAGGCCGGGUCAUUUCCACCUGAGCGCCGACCUCGACGACGGCUGCCUGGCCUGCUUCUGCAUGGGGGUCACCCAGCAGUGCACCAGCUCCAACUACUACAGAGACACGGUGUACUCCGUUUUCUCCCCGGGGAACUUCCAGGACAUGGCGCUUGUGAACCGGCAGCGCACCAACCGCAUCACCACCGGCUUCACCGUGGAAGUGUCCACCGACGGCACCCAGCUCUCCUUCAGCAACUUCGGCAACCUGGACCAGGAAGCCCAUUACUGGCAACUGCCUGACGCCUUCAGAGGAGACAAGAGGGAAGCUUUCUAUGCUCGUAUGAGGCGAGAGCACAAGAAAGACUCCCCUUGGACAGAGGAGCAACUGAGGAAGGACGACUCCGUUUGGAUGUUAAUGGAUUCCGCGGGGAAAGAAAACUCCAGGUCCAAACGAGCCGCCAAGUCCUCUGCCGAAAUUCAGAAGCUUGACGACGAAAUCUGGGCUCUCAUUUCCAACUUCUCCAAAGAGCCCUCCCCUUCCCGCCCCAAUCCAAUCCCUUCCUCCGCGUCCUCCGCCCUUCUCCCUCCUCCACCUGGUCUCUCCUUCUCCUCCGGCCGCCCCGCAGGGUCUUACUCGGCCGCCCCCGCCUACUCCUCCCGUCACGCGAGACCCCAGACCAGGCCUCAGGCUCAGCAGGCCCCGAACGUUGUGAGUCUGCGUGGCGCCAGACCGGGCUCCGCCGGAAAGUACGCUUUGGUCUACAAAGGUUUCAGCUUGCACCCGGAGGAUGUCCUGUUCUGGCAGCUCCCGCCCCAGUUCAGAGGGGAUAAGGUGGGCUCCUAUGGCGGUACUCUGAAAUAUACUGUCGCCUACGUGGCAGGCCAGAGGGGAACGCCCAUCGAAGACGCCGAUGUCCAGCUGAUCGGUAACGACAUCACCCUAGUUUCUCGCCAGACAUGGCACAGGAGUCAGGGUACACGAGAGUCUCGUCAGUUUGAAGUGGUUUUCAAAGAGAAAAACUGGCGUCGCCCGGACGGGAUGCCGGCCACCAGGGAGCACCUGAUGAUGGUGUUGGCCGAUCUGGACGACGUGCUGAUCCGCGCCUCCUACUACACGGAUAUGCUCUCGGCUAGCAUCUCCGACAUCCGCAUGGAGGUGGCCGUGCCCAACUACAGUGGCCUGGCCCAGGCCCUGGAGGUCGAGCAGUGCCGCUGCCCUCCUGGGUACCAGGGCUUGUCCUGCCAGGACUGCGCCCCAGGGUACAGCCGCACUGGAGGGGGUCUGUACCUGGGCCACUGUGAGCUGUGUGAGUGCAACGGUCACUCGGAUUCCUGCCAUCCCGAGACUGGCGUCUGCACGAACUGCCUCCACAACACCAUGGGGGGGCUGUGUGAGCAGUGUGCCUCUGGCUAUUUUGGGGACCCCACUGCCGGGACCCCCGAGGACUGCCAGCCCUGCGCCUGUCCGCACAUGGACCCUGACUAUCAGUUCUCUCCGACCUGCGAGAGCACAGGAAAUGGAGGAUACCAGUGCACUGCCUGCCUACCUGGUUACACCGGCCAGACCUGCGAACGCUGUGCUGAGGGGUAUGAGGGAGACCCCCAGAGGAAGGUCAGGUGCCGCCCCAACGCAGCCUCCCUGGUAGUGAAGGUGCACCCCGAGCGGGUUCUGGUGUCCCAGGGCACCCCCGUGACGCUCAGAUGCCAGGUGACCGGCUCCCCACCCCACUACUUCUACUGGUCCCGGGAGGACAGGCAGCCAGUGUCCAGCCACGCUGACAGACGCAGACAAGGUGAGGAAUUGUAUUUCCCCUCCAUCGAGCCCAGCGACGCCGGUGUCUACAUCUGCACCUGCCGAGACCUGCGCAGCACCAACACCAGCCGCGCCGAGAUCGUCGUCACCACGGUUUCUAAGCCCAUUGAGGUCACCGUCGAGGAGCCCAAAGCACAGAGCGUGACUGUCGGAUCUGCGGUCAGCUUCAUCUGCACCGCUAAGAGCAAGUCGCCUGCUUAUACCCUUGUCUGGACCCGUCAAGGCAACAGAAAGUUGCCCCACCGGGCCAUGGACUUCAACGGAAUUCUCACCAUCCAGAACGUUCAGCCAGAGGAUGCGGGAGUCUACGUCUGCACAGGCUCCAACAUGUUUGCCAUGGAUGAGGGCACAGCCGUACUGUAUGUCCCAGAGGCCUCACAGACUCAGAUGUUUUACACAGCCUAUGAAAUGUUUGAAGGACACAGAGCGCCUUCUGAGGGGUCACAGGCAGUGGCCACUGUCCAUCCGCCCGUGCUGACGGUCCAGCGAGGCCAGAGAGCUGAGUUCCGCUGCACCGCCACUGGAAACCCUGCACCUGCUGUUGAGUGGAUAGGAGGGCAAGGCAACCAGAUCCCCCGAAACGCCAUCAUCCGCGGAGGAGUGCUCACGAUCCCAGAGGUGGAGAGGUCGGACGAGGGCGAGUACAUCUGUAAAGCGCUGAACACUCACGGGGAGCACACCGCUCGAGCCGUGCUCUACGUCCACAGUGCCAGUCUGCCCCAUGUGCAAGUGAGCCCCCAGCGUGUGGAGAUCCAUGAGGGGGAGACGCUCAGGCUCUACUGCCGGGCUGGGGGCACCCCCAGUCCUGGCCUCACCUGGAAGAAGAAGGGAGGCCAACUCCCCCCACAGGCCAUUCCUUCUCAUGGCUUCCAUCAGUUUAAAACCAACAGCCUUGAUGUGUUACAGAGACGCAUUGAGGAGCUGCAGGCCCGCAUGGAACGCACCGACAUCGGCACCCUCCUCAUCCCCAACAUCCGGAUGGCCGAUGCGGGGACUUAUCUGUGCGUGGGCACCAACAACAUCGGCUUCUCAGAGGCCCCCAUCGAGGUGUCCGUAGGAAGAGGGGAACCCAUCUCCUCCACAGUCAGCAUCCGGCCGCCCAUCGCCACUGUUCAGGAAGGACAGUCGGUGGACCUUAGCUGUGUUGUCCCAGGAAGCCCUCCAAUCUCUGUCACCUGGAUACGAGUGGGCAGACACCUUUCCUCCAAUCACCAGGUUUUGGGGACCCAGCUCCGGAUCCUGCAGGCGUCUCAGGAUGACUCUGGAGAGUACAUCUGCAGGGUGGAGGGUGGACCCACAGUGCGGCAGGGGUCUGUGACUGUGACCGUGACUCCCAGCUCCUCGGGACCCAUCCCUCUGCCCACCGCCACUGUUCAGGAAGGACAGUCGGUGGACCUUAACUGUGUUGUCCCAGGAAGCCCUCCACUCUCUGUCACCUGGAUACGGGUGGGCGGACACCUUCCCUACAAUCACCAGGUUGUGGGGACCCAGCUCCGGAUCCUGCAGGCGUCUCCGGAUGACUCUGGAGAGUACAUCUGCAGGGUGGAGGGUGAACCCAGAGUGCGGCAGGGGUCUGUGACCGUCUCCGUGACUCCCAGCUCCUCGGGACCCAUCCCUCCGCCCACCGCCACUGUUCAGGAAGGACAGUCGGUGGACCUUAACUGUGUUGUCCCAGGAAGCCCUCCACUCUCUGUCACCUGGAUACGAGUGGGCGGACACCUUCCCUCCAAUCACCAGGUUGUGGGGACCCAGCUCCGGAUCCUGCAGGCGUCUCCGGAUGACUCUGGAGAGUACAUCUGCAGGGUGGAGGGUGAACCCAGAGUGCGGCAGGGGUCUGUGACCGUCUCCGUGACUCCCAGCUCCUCGGGACCCAUCCCUCCGCCCACCGCCACUGUUCAGGAAGGACAGUCGGUGGACCUUAACUGUGUUGUCCCAGGAAGCCCUCCACUCUCUGUCACCUGGAUACGAGUGGGCGGACACCUUCCCUCCAAUCACCAGGUUGUGGGGACCCAGCUCCGGAUCCUGCAGGCGUCUCCGGAUGACUCUGGAGAGUACAUCUGCAGGGUGGAGGGUGAACCCAGAGUGCGGCAGGGGUCUGUGACCGUCUCCGUGACUCCCAGCUCCUCGGGACCCAUCCCUCCGCCCAUCGCCACUGUUCAGGAAGGACAGUCGCUGGACCUUAACUGUGUUGUCCCAGGAAGCCCUCCAAUCUCUGUCACCUGGAUACGGGUGGGCGGACACCUUUCCUCCAAUCACCAGGUUUUGGGGACCCAGCUCCGGAUCCUGCAGGCGUCUCAGGAUGACUCUGGAGAGUACAUCUGCAGGGUGGAGGACGGACCCCCAGUGCGGCAGGGGUCUGUGACCGUCUCGGUGACUGCCAGUUCCUCCCGUCAGCCGACGCCUAUCAUCUCCAUCGACCCCCACAGUGCCACAGUGCGCCUGGGAGAGUCCGCCAGCUUCCGCUGCCGCGUCCACGCCGGCGCCCAGCCCGUUCGCCUGGAGUGGAAGCUCCCCAACAACCAGCCCCUGCCAGACAACGUGAAGGUCAGUCGGGAUGGCACUGAGAUGACCGUCACCAACGCUCAAUCCAGCAACCAGGGAACCUACCGCUGUGUGGCCAGCAACGUGUUUGGGAUAACGCAGAGCAUCAUCUCUCUAAGAGUGAGAGAAUCCCCAAAAGCAGUGGUGACCCCUCAGGGCGUGGUGCGGGUGAGGGUGGGUGAGCCCAUCAACCUGGAGUGCCAGGGGUCAGGAGAGCCGCGCCCGGUCGUCAACUGGCACCGGGUGGACAGCGGCCGGAGAACAGUACUGACGAGCCCCGUGCCCAUGGACUCCAACGCUGUCUUGCAGGUCCUGGCUGCCCGGCCGGAGGACAGCGGGACAUACAGCUGCACGGUGCAGAACAGCGAGGGCACCACCGAGGUGCGGGUGGAGGUGAGGGUGGAAGGGGGGGAGCAGGUGGCCACCGCCCCCCGCGCCUCCGUAGCUGAGCCCCUGCUGGUGGUGGAGGAGGGCAAGACCGCCACCCUGCGCUGCCAGGCCCACGGCGUCCCCACUCCGACCAUCACCUGGUCCAAGCUCCGCUCCCCUCUUCCCUGGAGGCACAGAGUGGCUAACAACAGCCUGAUCCUGCCCGGCGUGGGGCGGCAGGACUCUGGCCAGUACAUCUGCAACGCCACCAACAGCCUGGGGACCUCCGAGGUCACCGUCAUGCUGGACGUGGAGACCCCGCCUUACGCCACCACCCUGCCCGACGACCUGGCGGUGCGGGUGGGCGAGGUGAUCCGGCUGCAGUGCCUGUCGCACGGGACCCCGCCGCUGCGUUUCGAGUGGACCAAGGAGGGCAACGCCCUGCCGGCCAGGGCGGAAGUGGACAACGGCAACCUUCAGAUCAACCUGGCCACGGCGGCGGACGCCGGCACGUACAAGUGCGUGGUGUCCAACCGAGUGGGCUCCAGCGAAGCGGUGGCAAAGGUCGCCGUGCGAUCGCCGCUGGCGGUCCGCGUGUGGCCCGAGGUGGAGGUGAAGGCCGUGGGCAGUGCCGUCGAGUUCACCUGCUCUGCCGCGGGCGGGGUCCAUACCGCCAUCGAGUGGCUGAAGGAGGGCGGCCCCAUGCCAGUCAACCACCACAUCAAGGACGGGGUGCUGAGAAUCGAGAACCUGGAGAGGAGCAAUGAGGGAAUCUACAUCUGCAGGGCCACCGGGGUGUACGGCCAGGCUCAGGACACCGCCAAGCUCACCAUACAAGCCUUGCCGAAAGUCAUGAUCAACGUUCGCACCUCGGUGCAAACGGUGAUGAUUGGCAACUCGGUGGAGUUUGAGUGCCAGGCCAUCGGGGACCCCCAGCCCUCAGUGAGAUGGAGCAAGGUUGGGGGCGAGCUUCCCGCCCACGUGGUGGUGCGGGGGGGCAUGCUGAAGAUCGAGCAGGUGACGGAGGCCGACGCGGGCCAGUACCGCUGCACCGCCACCAACAACGUGGGCUCCGUGCAAUCUGAGGUGGUCCUCAACAUCCAGUCCUUGCCUCAGAUCGUAGCCCCUCCAGAUGUGAAGGAGGUGAAUCUCGGGUCUGCUGCUGUCUUCCCCUGUCUGGCCACUGGAUAUCCCGCCCCAGAGAUCAAAUGGUCUAAGCUGGACGGCGAGCUGGGCCCCACGGCCACGCAGGAGGGCAACGUGCUGACCAUCCCCUCGGUGAAGCAGGAGGACGGCGGCACGUACGUGUGCACCGCGUCCAACAAGCAGGGCAUGGUGCAGGCCUUCACCACGCUCAAGAUUCACGAGAGAGUGAUGCCCCAUUUCACCCAAACCCCCUUGUCCUACCUCACGCUGCCCACCAUCAAGAACUCGUACAAGGCCUUCACCAUGAAGAUCAACUUCCGCCCUGACAGUGCCGACGGCGUCAUGUUGUACGCCGGGAUGAUCAUCUAUAACGGGCAGAAGAGGACCGCAGGCGCUGACUUUGUCUCCCUGGGCCUGGUGGGUGGCAGACCUGAGUUCAGGUUUGAUGUGGGUUCGGGCAUGGCCACCAUUCGCUACCCCACGCCCAUCAAACUGGGCGAGUUCCACACUGUGGAGCUCCACCGCAACCUGACGAUGGGGUCCAUCGUGGUGGACGGGGACGCCCCCAUCAAUGGCAGCUCUCAGGGUAAAUUCCAAGGAUUGGAUCUGAAUGAAGAGCUGUUUGUAGGAGGCUACCCCAACUACACCGUCAUCGCCAAAACAACUGGCCUCAAGACUGGCUUUGUUGGAUGCAUUCGUCAGCUGAUCAUCCAAGGGGAGGAGGUGAUUUUCAAGGAUCUGGACCGGAGCUCCACGGGAGUCUCAAACUGCCCUUCCUGCAAAGAUUACCCAUGUCAGAACGGAGGCGUGUGCCAGGACUCAGAGACCAGCAUUUACAAAUGCAGCUGCGCCAGGGGCUACACCGGGAGCAACUGCGAGCACCACUCUUCCCUGCACUGCCACCCAGAGGCCUGCGGAGCGGACGCCACAUGCAUAAACCGGCCGAGCGGCCUGGGGUACGACUGCCGCUGCCACCUGGGCAAGUCUGGAGACAAGUGCAUGCAGGGCACCUUGGUGACCACGCCCAAUUUUGACGGCGAAUACUCCUUCAUUGCCUACCCUCCCCUCACCAACAUCCACAACGACCUGCGGGUGGAGAUGGAGUUCAAACCGCUGGAUCAGGACGGUCUGAUGUUCUUCAGCGGGGGUAAGAAGAUGAAGGUGGAGGACUUCGUCGCCCUGUCCAUGGUGGACGGACACGUGGACUUCCGCUACGAGCUGGGCACAGGCAUGGCGGUCCUCCGCAGCCGGGAGCCCGUCACCCUCGGCCAGUGGCACCACGUGGUCGCCGAGCGCCUGAACCAGGAUGGCUUCCUGAAGGUUGAUGAAGCCCGGGAGGUCAGUAGAUCAUCGCCGGGGAAGGCCCAGGGCCUGAACAUCUACACCCCCAUGUACCUGGGCGGAGUCCCCAGCAUGGACAUCCUGCCCAAGCCUGCCAACGUCACCAUGCUGUUCGAGGGCUGUGUGGGCGAGGUGUCUGUCAACGGGAAGAAGGUUGACCUGUCCUACAGUUUCACGGAGAGCAGGGCCAUCUCGCAGUGCGUGGACACCAGCCCAUGUGACCACCGGCCCUGCCUGAACGGAGGCAGCUGCAUGUCCAGCGCCGAGUACGAGUACCAGUGCCUGUGCCAGGAUGGAUUCGAGGGUGACAGGUGUGAGGUGGUGAAGGAGGCCUGCCAGGCGGACUCCCAGUGCCAAAAUGGGGGCAGGUGCGCCAGCGGGCAGUGCGUGUGCCCCAGCGGGUACAGCGGGCUGCACUGUGAGGACGCAUACGCAGGGCAGGAUCCCAGCAUCCUCGACACCCUGUGGAACAUGGAGGGUAGCGGGGGGAAUGAUGCGCCUGCUCAGCAUGCAGCCUAUUUCCAUGACGAUGGAUACCUGGUUCUACCCAAGCCAGUCUUCCCGAGGAGUUCCGCCGAUGCCCCAGAGACCAUUGAGCUGGAGAUCCGCACCACCACUUCAGAGGGCUUGAUAUUAUGGCAGGGAGUGGAGCCCAGCGGAGCUUUCCGCAAGCUGCAUGCUAGUAAAAAGGAACUUGGAGAAGAAGGAAAAGGCAAAGACUUUAUAAGUCUAGGUUUACAAAGUGGACACCUUGUUUUCAGUUACCAGCUGGGCAGCGGGGAGGCGGAGAUUAUAUCCGAAGAACCAAUCAAUGAUGGCAAGUGGCACCAGAUCACUGCAGUGAGGACUGGUAAACAGGGUUAUGUCCAGAUUGAUGGAGGAGUCAUUAGCAGAGGACAAUCGCAAGGGAGAAGUAUCAUGGUCAACACCAAAGGCAAUGUAUUCCUGGGCGGAGCUCCGGACAUGACGGCGCUGACAGGAGGCAAGUUCUCCUCGGGGAUCACAGGCUGUGUGAGGAACCUGGCGCUGAUGAACGCUCGGCCUGGGGAGCAGCAGGCCCCGCCCAUCGACCUGCAGGCCCACGCCCAGGAGGGUUCCAACGUGGAGCGAUGUCCAUCAUAAAGCAGCAAGCAGAGACAACCACACCCCCACUGACUCUGGAGAACAAAUGACACAACACUCACAUUAGCACACUCACACACAUACACACGCACACAAAUACACACACACGCACAUACACACACACACACGGUGCUUUGCUGCUACCAAAAAAUGAGAAACAGCAAAAAGAGGAUUGUCCUUGCUCUGCACUGCAUUAAACCAAAAAAAGAAAGAUAAAAGAAAUUAUAUUAACAAGUCUUCAAAAACAAUCAGUGUUGUAUCAUCAAUGAAGGACUAUAACUACAGGAGCUCCAGUUCAGUUUACAUACAUCGAAGCAGUAGCUUUUAGUCAUAAAGAAAAAGAAAGAAAAAAUAGCUCUUCUACUAUGGGGGAGAUCCUUAGGAGUUGGAGAUGUUUUUACAGCACUGAAUUUUAUUUAUAUACAUAUAAAUAAAUAUAUAAAUAUAUAUAUAUUUGUGGGGGGUGGGAAAUUACAAACUAACCAUAACCCGUUCCUCCUGGAUUUGACUCUGGGUUGUAAUACUGUGUCCCAGGCUUUGUGGCCUAGUCGUGUUAAUACUUGAAGACAUUUAGGCCUUUUGCCUCAUCAUUUUUGGUAGCUCUCCCUUCUGGACGAUCAGCAUUCGGACAAGCACGCUCAGAGCUUUUCUUAAAAGUGGGUGUUGGGGCACGGGGGGGCAGGGGACAACAUCAUCGUCUCAGGUGAAGAAAUCAAAUACUUUAAGAGAACACACUUUAAAGUAUCAAUGUUUUUGUUUUUGCCAAACCACUUUUUUUACUGAGGUAAUGUUUGCCUUUCAUGUUGGAGUUGCUCUGUGUGUUUGGUGUCAGAAUAUGAUUAAAUAAACAAAUGGUGCUAACGUCAAAUGUUUAUCAAGAAUCACCCUGUUACAAAGUCAGUUUUCUUUUUUGUGUGUGAGGUAGUGACCCAACUUCAUCUGUAGAUAUGCUGUGCAUUUUAUGAUAACACACAUGUAAAAAAAGAAAUCCCUAUGCCCACCCCCACCCCUCUCCCCCCCUCCGAGCCCCACCUCCAUAUCCAAGCCCCCAGCCCCCCCCCCCAAAACCAUGGCAAUCACAUGCCAUUUUUAUUGCUUUGACAGAAAUGAAUGAAUUUUGGAAGGAUGUUGCUAUUUGAUUUGCAUGACAAAGACACGUGUAUUUCUAUGACUAUCAAGCAGAGUUCCUUGGAUUUCUGUCCAGUAUUCUACAGCAGUGUACGUAAUUGAGUAGAUUUCAAAGACAUGUAAGGGGUGUAAAGAACAGACAUGUUUGUUUUUAAAACUUUUGAAAACCCGCCCACAAUAUGCCAAAAAAAAAAAAAUAUUUUUCCUUGCUCAGUCACAAUCACGCCUAUCUGCUAGUCAGGUAAAUUUGUUGAUCAGAAGUCUUUAUAUUUUGUGUACUUUUAUAUGUGGUAGUGCCUUGUUUUUUAUGUUUGAACCCAUCUACACCGAGGUGUUCCCUUACUUCCCUGAACCUGUACAUUGUCUUCUUCCUUGGCAAGGUUAUGGAGAGCAGAUCUCGUCAGACAGUAACGUCAGGAGAGUCUAUGCAGAAUACUGCCGCAGAUUGAACACUUUUGUGUUGAGGGUCACUAGUCUUACCUUCAGAGUCAGAGUGAAAUGGGACAGGUCCUAUAGACCACAGUUGGUCGCAUUGGGUGUGUGAUAACAGGUAGAAGCGAGAGCACGUCUCAGUGAAAGUGAAUCUGCAGCCCUGUAGUAAUUGUUUAAAGCAGACUCUUGUGGGCUGUGUUAGAGUUAAUGGAUUAAAAGAGUGGCAGCUCGCAUAGGCUCACGCAACUGAUAUGGGUCAGCUUUAACAGUGACGUGGCAGUUCCACCCGAGGUUCAGUCUGCUUUGGGUCUUUUCUUAUUAUUUCUUAUUGUUCUAAAUGAGCACUACCAAUUCGCAUAACGAUGCUUCCUUUUAAUUUAUUUUCGUUUUUGUUUUUGUUUUUUUGUUGCUUCCUGGCUCAUUUCUCCUGUUAUAAAGCCAUAAAAGUUCACCUGUUGUCUUUUGGUUAUUACAUUGGUUUAAUGCCCCCUAACCCUUAUGCUUAAGUUUUUAUAUUGAAUCUCCAAGAGAGUUAAAUUAGCUGACCACUGUCCCUGAGAAUAUUUGCCUCUUGCCUCAAAACCUCUCUCUGAGUUUGUUGUAUGUUUGGAAAUGCUGUUACAGUUUGAAACACUCAAAGCUCCCAACAAUAACUGAAAGUUUUUGUUUUUUUAGAAUACCCAUUAGAUUUUUUUUUUCUAUUUCUUUUUUUUUUUGUAUAAUAUGAGUAAAACAGAUUCUACUGAACAGCCUGUUUACUUUGUUUUGUUAUUGUGCUGGACACCUGUUAUGUGUCAUUUGACCGUUAUCACUGAAAAACAGUGUUGGCUUUGGUGUCUGCUGGAAGGCUUUAAGAACAAAUAUUUCACUGGAAUGUGUAGCUGGGAGUCCACUACUAUUUUGAAUUACUUUGGCCAUACCUUGGAAUUUUGGAAGAAUGUAGAGUCAAUUUUGUGUGACUCUUAGUGGUCAUAUAUUCUUGUUGAAGCAGACAUUGAGGCAUUCAUUCUGCACCAACAGAGCAGGACACAUCCUAUACUGUACAUAGGCCCUCAGAACCUAACACUGCACAAGUCCUACUUGCAUUCCAUAUGACAGAAUCCUCCUAUCAAGGAUUGUGCAUGGUCAUUCAUAAAAGCAAAUUUAAAUUGAUUAAUUAAUAUGGAAUUGCUUAAAUGGAAAAAGUACUGUUUCUAAAGGGGGACGUUGCCACUUUUCAAUUUAAAAUAUCGUACUUGUUAUAUUAUUUUAAAAUAUAUAUGUAUAUUUUAAGUGUUUGUUUUUGAGCUUUUGAAUACAAAACAAAAUAAAAGGGGAAAAUCAAGGCACAAACAGAAGAGUUUCUGUAGCUUAACCCAGCUUACAUUCUGAACACUGAACAGCAGUUUUGCAUUUUAUGUACAGUACCAUUCUCCUCUGUCUGAAGAACUUACCCUUACCCUACCUCACCACUGAUACCUCCCACCCUUACCAUAACCCCAGCACGAACACCCCCACCUUUACCAUUUAUUAUCUUGCAGGCUGUUUUAUUUCUUCCCAAAACUUCAGGAAAUAAAAUACAGAAUAUCAUAUCUGAUUUUCUGAGACCAUCCUUAGCCAGAGAGGACACACCAUCUUACCAUCUUAAGGUAUUGCAACGUCAUGCACUUUGUCAAUAACUUGUUUUGUAGAAUUCUCUUAAUACAGAACAAUGCUGCUGCCUUCUCCUUCAUGGGUUGGGUAGAGCUAUUUGUUUUCUAUGUCUGUCAAAAACUAGCAUUCAGCCUUGUUUUGUGGAAGUGUUGCAUGAACAAUCAAGGUCUUUUGAAACAAGGAAUAAAAUUAUAAUUUUUACAAACCCA